GUCAGUCAGCACUCAUUCAAAAGCCAUGGGAAGAAAAUAGAACGAACAGUGACAACUCCUAGACAAGUAUGUAGGACCAGCUGGAACUACAGAAUUAUCCCACCAUGACAAUCUCCUUCCUCAGGGCAGCCUGAUGAAAAGCCAUACCAAGGAGUGCGAGUCCGAGACCCAGUCAAAGAGUUGCUGAGGAGGAAACGAGGACUGCUUCUCCACAAUGCCAAAACAGUGCCCCCUAGAGCGUUACAACAUGGCUGCAGGGCUGGGCACGGGGCCUAUGCAAAUCAACUCAGCCCAGCCGUGCCAAGGAGCCCUCUUACCAACCUAUGAAUUACCUCUGACAACACACAACACACACACAGUUGGGGUACUAAACAACAACUUGCCUUCAUAUGCACAGCUUGGGCCUUCCGGGUUUGAAGUGGCUAGUAGCCUAUCCAGUGACUCCUCCACAGUCAAUGAUGUCGGCCUCUGUGCAGGUUGGAUAGCCCAGCCUGCAGCUACUGCUCUCCAGCCCAUGAACCAUUGGUCUUACCCAGAGUACCUCCAGCAGCAUGACCCCACCACCUCAACCACCACCACCCUGCCCCUCACCACUGACACGUACAUGCAGCCCAUGUGUCCCAGCUACACCGUGGUGGGCCCAUCCUCCAUGCUCACCUACACACACACGCCUCUCUUUACCAACUUCGGGACCCUAGCACCAACAUCCACAGCCCUACCACAAGUGGACCUCCAGGACUCGGUGCUGACUUAUAUCCCGUGGGCCCAGCCGCUAACCACCAUCCCUUCAUCAGGUGUGCAGUUUGCCUCUCACCCUGCCACUCUGGCUGGGUCUCAGCUGCAUCCGAUGUCCAUGCCAGUGACCCCCACCAUGCCCCAGCAGGACCCUCAGCCCCAGCCCCUGGAGCAGCACCCUGAUGGGGCUGAAGAACCCAAUCCUCUGGAGAAACUUCUGGAGGACCAAAAUCAGGAUGACAAAUACACAUAUGUGAACAGUUCCUCAAUCUUCAUCCCCGGUGUCUAAGAUAUAUGAGUGUUGCAGCCAGUCGUAAGCAUUAAUGAAAUGCUUACACAAUGCUUAUGAAUGUGUUAUGUAGGUACCCAUUAUAUUUCUAUUGCUCAGAAUUCAGGUUAAUAUAGAGUAUGUUUGUAGUUAUCCUAUCCUUUAUGUUGUAAUGUACAUUUAAGUACUGUGAAUUGCUUUUUUCAUGAUGAAAAAGGGGACAGUGUAGUUUUACUAGUUCUAAUAUUUACUGAACAAAUGUUUUGCUGAAAAAUAACUGCUGUCGUGUAUUAUAGAUGCUUUAACUGAAAGACAGGCCUUGAUUGAUAUGUCCCGAAUCAUGCUAAAAGUUUAAAUGUAUUUUUUAUUUAAAUUACUUGUAAGGUAUUUAUUUAUUUUAAGUACCUCCUUUCUGACAGCCAUAAUCGAAUACAGUUGUUUUAAAAGUAGUUACUCUUGAGAUGUCUAUUCAAAUAUUUGAAAUAAUUUCCUAAAGUCAUUCAAUUGUUAAAUCAACCCAUGAUGAAAAAGGGAACAGUUUUGUAGUUUUACUAGUUCUAAUAUUUACUAAACAAACACUUUCCUGAAAAAUAACUGCUGUCAUAAAAUAACUGCUGUCAUGUACUAUAGAUACUAUAACUGAAAGGCAGUUAAAUCAACCCAUAUCUGUAUUUAUCUAGGGUCUGCUUUGAAGAGUAUUUGGCAUAUUUGGAAAACCUCCUCUCAUUUCCUGUUGCCUUGCUCUCUCUUGCUGUUAUUUUUUGAAGCAGAAGUUGGAAGUUAUGGCUGUCAGUUAACUAUGGUACAGGAGUGGGAAGUUAUGGCUGUCAGUUAACUAUGGUACAGAAGUGGGAAGUUAUGGCUGUCAGUUAACUAUGGUACAGGAGUGGGAAGUUAUGGCUGUCAGUUAACUAUGGUACAGGAGUGGGAAGUUAUGGCUGUCAGUUAACUAUGGUACAGGAGUGGGAAGUUAUGGCUGUCAGUUAACUAUGGUACAGAAGUGGGAAGUUAUGGCUGUCAGUUAACUAUGGUACAGGAGUGGGAAGUUAUGGCUGUCAGUUAACUAUGGUACAGGAGUGGGAAGUUAUGGCUGUCAGUUAACUAUGGUACAGGAGUGGGAAGUUAUGGCUGUCAGUUAACUAUGGUACAGGAGUGGGAAGUUAUGGCUGUCAGUUAACUAUGGUACAGGAGUGGGAAGUUAUGGCUGUCAGUUAACUAUGGUACAGAAGUGGGAAGUUAUGGCUGUCAGUUAACUAUGGUACAGGAGUGGGAAGUUAUGGCUGUCAGUUAACUAUGGUACAGAAGUGGGAAGUUAUGGCUGUCAGUUAACUAUGGUACAGAAGUGGGAAGUUAUGGCUGUCAGUUAACUAUGGUACAGAAGUGGGAAGUUAUGCCUGUCAGUUAACUAUGGUACAGAAGUGGGAAGUUAUGGCUGUCAGUUAACUAUGGUACAGAAGUGGGAAGUUAUGGCUGUCAGUUAACUAUGGUACAGAAGUGGGAAGUUAUGGCUGUCAGUUAACUAUGGUACAGAAGUGGGAAGUUAUGCCUGUCAGUUAACUAUGGUACAGAAGUGGGAAGUUAUGGCUGUCAGUUAACUAUGGUACAGAAGUGGGAAGUUAUGGCUGUCAGUUAACUAUGGUACAGAAGUGGGAAGUUAUGGCUGUCAGUUAACUAUGGUACAGAAGUGGGAAAGCCCAUGGUUCUCUGUUUAUCUGGCUGUCCCAUCAGUGUCUCCCCUGUAGGGUCCCCUCCUACGAAACCGACAAAGACUGGGCUCUGCAACCCACCUGCCACACCCACCUGAAGCACACCAACUACUGCAGGUUUGAGGUCCAGCAAGACUGUGCGCUUGUGUUCUUUCAGUUUAUUGGUUGAUGUUUGGAGAAAUGUUGCAUACAGAAGUGUUAUGUGUGGUAUGUUCAAUGUAAAAAAAAUAAUGAAAAAGCCAUGUAACAUUACAGUAUUGAGAAAUCCUGAAGCGUCUGAGGCUUCAAAAUGUAUUAUGUCAAACAUAUCAUGUCGAUAAUUGUCAAACCUCUACUGUUUCUGUUUAUUUUUAAUUAAAGUUCACUUAGAAAUUCA